AUGGUGAUGAUCGGGAGGAAGCCGAACGGCCAACCGGGAAGAGGCACCUCCUGCCCGGGUAAGAGUUCAAGAAGGCCCCGAAAGAAGAGCACCGCGUCUGGAGAACAGAUGGAGGACGAUGGCUCCGAUUCAGACUCAAGUUACGAUGAGAGUGAAGAAGAGGAGAAGCCACAGACCCACGUCCGCAGGAAGUCUGCGCGGCUACUGGACGCCAAAUUGAAAGGUCUGAGGAGGAGCUCCAGGAUUGGCAGAAACCACACGUCCAACAUAUUCGACCGGAACAGACCCAACCACAUGCGUCCGCUCCUCCAGAUGAAGAACAAGAGAGUGUUGUCAAGCAUCAGAGAGGAGGGGAAGAUCUACUCCGAAGCCCAGAGAGGCCUGAUGCCACAGCUGCACAAUAAUGGUGAGGGGGCGAAGCUACAUGAGGAAGAGCCUGAAGAGGAUCAAACCAGUGACUGUGACCAGAGCAUGGACGCCAAGACAAGCCACGCCUCUUCCGUUUACAACGCCAACGAUGUGUUCAGAGGGACGUUCCGGAUCUGCGCCUCGGGUCCAAACGCGUCUCACUUCAGACCUCCUCCGUCUCCCUGGAUAAACAAAACCUCUGACGACGAGUCUGUGGAGUCUGACCUGCACAGCGCCAUGGCCAGGUGUCGCCCUGUGAACCUCAGCUCUCAUAGAGACAAACUGAUGUCUGAAGGAAGCCUGGCCGACAUCGAUCCUGUGACCGUUGACCCAAACGUUGGCUUCCAGAACAUCGGGGGUUUGUCUUCUCAGAUCGCUGCUCUGAAAGAGAUGGUGGUUUUCCCGCUGAUGUAUCCAGAGGUCUUUCAAAGAUUAAACAUCGAGCCCCCUAGGGGCUGUCUCUUCCAUGGCCCCCCCGGCACAGGGAAGACCCUUGUAGCCCGAGCUCUGGCCCGUGAGUGCAGUCAGGGAGCGGAGAGAGUGUCCUUCUUCAUGAGGAAAGGAGGAGACGUCCUCAGCAAGUGGGUGGGGGAGUCCGAGAGACAGCUGAGGCUGCUCUUUAAAAAGGCCUAUGAGAUGCGUCCAUCCAUCAUCUUCUUUGAUGAGCUAGACGGCUUGGCUCCAGUGCGCUCCAGCCGACAGGACCAGAUCCACAGCUCCAUCGUGUCCACCCUGCUGGCUCUGAUGGACGGCCUGAACAGCAGGGGGGAGGUGGUGGUCAUUGGAUCCACAAACCGUCUGGACUCCAUUGACCCAGCGCUCAGGCGGCCUGGGCGCUUCGACCGAGAGUUUCUGUUUGGACUGCCCGACAAUGAGUCUCGUGCUGAGAUCCUGAAGAUCCACACUCGACUCUGGAAACCGGCUCCGUCUGAAGACUUCUUGCAGGAGCUGUCCCAGAAGUGUGUGGGUUACAGCGGAGCAGACGUGCGCGGGCUGUGCACAGAGGCUGCCCUGUGCGCACUGCGGCGGCGCUUCCCUCAGAUCUACAGCACGUCUCAGAAGCUGCAGCUGGACGUCGCCUCCAUAUCAGUGAACAGCGCUGACUUCCUGAACGCCGCCAAGAAGAUGAGGCCCACAGCACACCGCUCCCACGCUGUGGCGUCCAGGCCUCUGACUGCCACUGUGAUGCCGCUGCUGACCACCACCCUGCAGGGGGCACUGGAGAGAGUGCAGCGCCUGUUCCCCCACGCCAUGCAGCCCACGAGCAAGACAGAUACCGCUCUCAUGGCUGGUCUCCAAGGCGACGACCAGAUCUGCGGAGGCUCCCGCAUCUCUGCAUCAGGGAAGAGAAGGAAACCACUUAACUUUACCAGGAGCGCGGUCGCACAGCCCUGCUCUCACAGGCCACGCCUCCUCAUUGUUGGAGGACCAGCCUCGGGACACACCGCACACUUGGCGCCUGCUGUGCUUAACGCGCUGGAAAGGUUACCCCUGCACAGCCUGGAGCUCAGCGUCCUCUACGGGACCAGCCAUACCACCGCUGAGGAGAAGUGUGCCCAGGUAUUCUGCGAGGCUCAGCGCUCCUCCCCCAGCCUUCUCUAUCUGCCUCACCUGCACCUGUGGUGGGAGACAGCAGGGGGCACUCUCCGCUCCUCUUUCCUCACGCUGCUGUCGGGGAUCUCCACCUCUGCUCCUGUUUUGCUGCUGUGUACCAGUGACCGGCGGCAAGAAGACCUGGACCCCGAGGUUGCGUGCUUAUUCCAGCAGAAGUAUGGCGAGGUGUUUGAGGUUACAGCUCCAUCUGACGCAGGGAGAACCAAGUUCUUCAGGGACCUCAUUCUGAAUCAGGCCACUGAGGCCCCGCCCCCUAAAGGAGCAAUGCGCCAUCUGGAGAUCCUGCCCUUGGCUCCACCCCCUCGCCCUCGCCAGCUUUCGGCUCAGGAGAUGCGUCGUGUGGAAGAACAGGAGGAGGACAUGCAGCGGGAGCUCAGGUGCUUCCUCAGACACAUCACAGAGAGGCUAUAUCUGGACCGACGCUUCAAGACCUUCACCAAACCAGUGGAUACGGUGCAGGUCCCAGAUUACCUGCAGGUCAUCAAACAGCCCAUGGACCUAUCCUCUCUGCUCACCAACAUCGACAAACACAAGUACAUCACCGUCAAUGAGUUUGUGAGAGAUGCCGACCUGAUCUGGAACAACGCUCUGACGUACAACCCAGACAGCGCCACCUUGGACCGGAAAAUUCGGCACCGCGCCCAUGCCCUGAAAGACGCACUCCAUGCCAUCAUCAGGGAACACCUGGACCCAGAGUUUGAGAAGGCCUGUGAAGCGAUGAAGGAGAGGAGAAUGAGGAGAGCUGCAUUGUUGAACUCUGAGAACAACCCACGGCAGCACAUGCUGAAGAAAAAACGGCCCCGUAGAAAGUCUAAGUGGAGCACUGGAGUCAUCCCCAAACCCAAGAAAAAGAAAGUUCCUGCGGCGACCCCUGCUGCCUUGUCUGAGUCCUGCUCCUCGCUUUCCUCCCUAUCUGAUGCCUCAGAGGAUAGUGAUGUCAUUCACCAUGAUGUCACACGCACUCGGAACGGUGAUGUCAUAGCAGAACAUCGAGGUCUGACCAACGGCUUCCACAGCAGCUCACCCCGAGGAGAGCGUCAGAAGAAACUGGCAGAGAGAGUGAUGACCGAACAGAUGCAGCUGCUCGGCGGAGAUGAUAACGAGAGAACCACACUGCCCCUAGUGGUGGAUCGCAGCAAGCUCAGGGAUCUGUUGCAGCGUGUGGUGAAAAAGACAGAGGGCGCUGAAGUGGAGGCUCUGGAGAAACUCUACACCACACUGUCCCAAUGUAUUUACCGUCACCGCGACAAUCAUAUGAAGUCUGAGUUGAUCCGAGAGAUGGAGACUGAGGUCGAGCUAUUCUCCUGA